GCAAUGGUCGCCAUGUUGAUUGCCUGCAAAUCGAAAAAUGACAAGUACUUCGAAGUAAAUUGCAAUUUCUAAAGUAAGAAACUGGAUUUGAUACGACAAAAGUUGCAUUUACACAAGAUCGCAGAGCAUAAUGACGGACUCUACCGACGAGCUGCUGGUCGAAGGCGUGGAGGCUCUAGAGAAAUAUCUCGACGACCACGAGGUGGCAAAUGCUAAGCUCAAGCAAGGGUUUCUGAUGCUGACGAAGGCCAAGCUGCGGCUACCAGAGCACGCACUGACGGAGAUCUCGUAUCACGAGGAGUUUGUGGCGUCUCGGGUAGUGGCUCUGGAUUCUGGUGGAAACUGGCGCAUACAGGAUGCCUCUGAGGAGACAGUACAGGAGAGGAGUAGCGGCGACUCAAUACGCCAUCGGAGAGCAGCCAAGAACUGUCAGGAAGAGCCAAGAAACACAAAUGUUGGAAUGAACACGGACACAUUGCUAUGGUUCAGCUCGUUACCGCCCAGUGAUCUUCGUCUGGCGCAAAAGCAGUUCUCGAACGGGCUGCAAGCAUUGUUAGUGGCAGCAGCAUCCGCGCAUAAAGUUCAGCGAGCUGUGUACGGAGUUACUAGCACUCGUCCUUAAGACAACUCAAUGGCUAAGAGUUUCAAGGUUAUUGCUUAUGCGGACACGAGGAGGCUCUAUCUUGGUGCCACUCGCGACGUAUUCGCUUACACCGAUUGCCGCUGGUCGAACCGGCCCGGUUUUCGACUGAACAUGUUGGCAACACGCUCCUUCACCUUGUCCAUGGCCAUAUCGAGUCUAAUACCUUGUUCUUUAAUGAAGGACACGUUCAUCUCUUUCCCAGUGUAUCCGCGCUGCAAGUUGCGGCGGAUGAAGGUGUCAUACUCAGCGACAAUUCGUAUGAUCAGGUCUGAUGUCGAGAUACCAUCAGUGCGUCGGGUCUCGAGGAACUUGCCCAUGGCUUUGAUUCGCGCAUACACAUCUCCCUCAGCUGACUCGCCCGACGUGUCCGAGUACGGCAGUGCGUCAUGACACACGUAGUCGAUUUUGUGUUUCUCGAGGAAAGCAUC